AUGAUAUUAUUUACCUUUUUAUUUAACACAUUUUUAUUAUCAUACAAUGUAUAUUUUCAAAAUAACCAUUAUAAUAUUAGCCACAUACCAUAUAACACACAAAGAACAACGACCAAAUCAAGAGUUUUAGCAGAAAUAGAGAGAUCAAAAAAUCCUCAUUAUCAUAAUGAUCCAGAACUCAAAGAAAUAAUUGAUAAAUUGAACGAAGAAGCAAUCAAAAAAUAUCAACAAACUCAUGAUCCAUAUGAACAAUUACAAGACGUGGUUGAAAAAAACGGAACAAAAACUAUGAGUGGACAUAUUGCAGAACCUAUGUCAACCAUAGAGAAAGAAUUAUUGGAAAUAUAUGAAGAAAUGUUUGGGGAAAAAUAUCGUACUAUAUUAAACCCUGGUAUAAACUGCAAUGAAAAUGAUAAAUCUUGUGAAUUCACAAAUAAGGAAAAUUCAUCCACCAACUCAUUUUCAUCGAACAAAGUACAUGAUAAUUAUUUGGAUAAUUUAAAGACUUGUUGUGUUGGAGCUGUUAAUACAUGUGCACUUUCAUCUAUAAUUACAGGAAGUUGUGGGGUUUAUUUUGGUGCUGCUGCAGCUAAAACGGUAAUUACAACUUAUUAUGCUACACCUCUCGCUACUAAAUUGACAGAAGUUCUUGUUGGUAUAAAAAUAUUUUUUGAAGCUUUAAUUUCAAGUGCUACUAGUUCUAUGGGUUCUGUUACAACCGCUGGAUUGUCAGGUAUUACAAAUGCUUCAAGUACUACUUGGGCAUCUUUUUUUCCUUAUGGUAUGGCAGUUGUAGCGCUAUUUGCAGUAACUAUUAUAGUGAUACUUUUAUAUAUAUGGUUACGCAAAAGAAGAAAAAAUUCAUGGAAACAUGAUUGCAAGAAACAUUUAUGUACGUAG